AUGCAUCAAAGUCGUUCACAACGUCGGCUCAUCGCUUUGUUCGCCUGUGUCGCUGUAGCGAACGCUGGUCUACUGCCUGCCGCUGCCAUUGCUCCUGGCUUUGUCGCACCUUACGCGUCAUCGUUCAAUGCUCAUCACAUUAAUCACGCCGUUGCGUUGCCAGUCGCUCCACCCGCAGUGCCAGUUGCUGCACCGGCACCCUUCGCCGUGGCUGCCCCACCAAGAGUAGCCUUUGCUGCCCCUGCUCCUGUUGCAGCGCCUUUUGCGUUCGCACCUAAGGUUGCUUUGGCCGCCCCCGCACCAGUUGCCUUCGCUGCCCCUGCUAGAUUAGCUGCCCCAAUCGCCGCACCUUUGGCUGCGCCUCUGCCAUUCGCACCGGCGCCACUCCAAUAUGCUGCAGCACCUCUGCGUUUCGCUGCGCCAGCACCCUUCCUGGGUUAA